AUGAGCAGUGGCAGACGUAAGGCGCUGAGGGCGACGGCGGCGAGUGCGGCUGCUGGCGACGUCGGCGCACCGCCGCCGGGUGCACCGACCAACCAAAACCGGUUUGCGUGGACGGCUGCAGCGCCGCCGACAUCUUCGGCAUCGUCGCCGGUGCCUGCCCGUCAGCGGACGCUGGGAAUUGGCCCGUUCACGGCGUCGGUGCGGCGGCUGGAGCCGCAGGCUAAGGUGGCGCAGGCGACGACGGCGGCGGAUGCGGCGGCAGCCGAGACCGAGGCCGAGGCGCUGGUAGCUGCUGCUGCAGCGGCCGACAACGUGGUGGCCGAGGCGAUCCGCGAGGGUGCGCGGCCGACGACCCGGGUCAUUGCGCCGUACGGACGGCCUGCAUCGAGCGGGCGGCGGCGGCGGCGGCGGCCGGCAGCGGAUGCUCACCUGCAGCAGCCGCGGCCGGUGUCGCGCAACCGCAAGCAUCAGCCUGGCGAGCCGCGGGCACUGUCUAAGGGCUUUGGCGCUGCGUAUGGCAUCCGCGAGUCGCUCAAGCAAUACGGCGUCCAGCAGCUGUCACGACCGCAGUCGGCGCCCGGCCGGACCCGCAGGGUGCCCGACGAGGCACUGGCCGGCGAGCCGCCGUUUGUCCACACCAUCCAGUACAUCGGCCACAACGGCGCCGAGUCGCACAGGGUCAACCCGCGGCUCUCGACGCGGCUUCCGCGCCAGAAGCCGCGCUCCAAGUUUGCGUACGCCAAGAACGCCACGUCGCGCAGGCCGUCAUCAGCCUGGUUCGCCUACCCCGCACCAGGCUCGCUCGUCCCGCACGCCCGGCCCGCCUGGCACUAGCUGCGCGGUGCCCUGGGCCCGUUCAUCGAGACAAGGCCUUGCUAAACUUUACACGUAGAGA